AUGUUUAAACUAAUUAAAUUAAAUUAUGUCCGUAGUUGUGUUCAAAUACCAAAUAAUUCAUAUGCAUCACCUAGUGGAAUUAUUUCAUUGGGAAAGUCUAAAAAAAAACUGGGCAAAGGAGGUCCAGUUUUAGAAAAAUCUGAAAUUCCUGUUGAAACAGAUGCCAAAAAAUUAGUCAAUUUUGUAUGCGGGAGCAAUACAUUGAAAGAAGGACAAGAUAUAGAAUUAAAACCUGACUCAGAGUAUCCAGAUUGGCUUUGGAAUUUGAAUAUAGAUGGACCAGUACCGUUACAAAAAUUGGAUCCUAAUUCAAAACAAUAUUGGCUCAGAGUACGAAAAUUAUCAAUGAGAAGAAAUAACUUGUUAAAUAAAUUAAAAAGGUUUUAG